GGCCCGAGGGUUCAUUUCGCCCUCCCCACCGUCCCAAAUCCGAAACCAGAAGCAGAGUCCGGAGGAGGAAGAAGAAGAGUUCGAUUUCACUCUGCUUUUCUCGAUUCGAAUCGAUCCUCAGCCUUUCGAUAGAGCCGGAGCAGAUGACGAAGCAGAGUUUGAUGCUUACGGAGGAGCACGCCGUUGCUGUGGUCGCCGCCGCCGCUACAACGUUUUCAAACUUCCCCUAUCCGCCCACCACCGCCGCCAUCCUCAGCUAUCCCGGUUACAAGAAAAUGUGUUGCCAAAUCGACCUCGGAGGCGGCGGAAAACGCAGUUCGUGGAUCGAGUUCAUGGCCGCAGCAGCGUCUCCGACUCAGAUCAAGUCAUCGGCAGCGGCGUUGACGGCCUCUCUUGGAAGCGGAGACUACGAAAGAUGGAUGGAAUUGCACCCGUCGGCAUUGCACAACUUCGAUGAGCUCAUGGACGCAUCCAAAGGGAAGCAGAUCGUGAUGUUCCUCGACUAUGAUGGUACUCUGUCUCCCAUCGUUGACGACCCUGACCGCGCCUUCAUGUCCGAUGAGAUGAGGGAGGCCGUGAGAGAUGUAGCAAACCAUUUCCCCACUGCUAUUGUUAGUGGGAGGUGUAGAGACAAGCUUUCAAACUUUGUGAGAUUAUCAGAAUUGUACUACGCUGGAAGCCAUGGCAUGGACAUCAAAGGCCCCAUUCAUGGACACAAGCACACGAAAGCCAAGGCAAAAGCUGUUCUGUUUCAGCCCGCCAGUGAAUUCCUUCCCAUGAUUGAUGAGGUCUACAAGAAGUUGGUCGAGACAACACAUAGUGUUCCGGGAUCACGAGUGGAGAACAAUAAAUUCUGCCUUUCCGUUCACUUCCGCUGUGUUGAAGAGAAGAAAUGGAAUGCACUAUCUGACAAAGUCCGAUCUGUUCUAAAGGAUUACCCCAAACUGAGGCUUACUCAUGGAAGAAAGGUCAUGGAGAUUCGACCGACAAUUAAAUGGGACAAGGGGAAGGCUCUUGAGUUCUUGUUGGAAUCUCUCGGAUUAAAUAACCAAAAUGACGUAUUCCCUUUGUACAUUGGAGAUGAUCGUACUGAUGAAGAUGCUUUCAAGGUGUUGCGUGAUAGAGGACAGGGAUUUGGCAUUCUUGUCUCAAAGAUUGCAAAGGAAACAAACGCUGCUUUUUCUCUCAGAGACCCAGCUGAGGUUUUGACGUUUCUGCGUCGUCUUGUGGAGUGAGAAUCAACACUGGUGGAAUAGCAUCCAGAAAUAUAAGAACAAAGAACAGUUUUCCCCUCCCUUUCUUUCAUUUCUACUCUUUAAAUUUUGCUGUAUCGUCUCCCAUUUGGGAGUUGGCAUGAAACCUUUAUUUACCGGUUUUCCUGCCCCAUUUAUAUAUUUGUGUGUAAAGUUUAUGCUGGAUUGUAAAAUUAAGCUCGCUUUCUACUGCAAAAGGUGGCAGUGUUGAUCCAAUUAAACAGCUUGUACUGUACUCCUUCAAAGUAAUAAGUUGUCUCCUAAUGUAUGACUUGCAUUUUUUAAAUGAUUUUUUUUUCUUUUC